AUCAAUCUCCAUCAACUUUCCCUCACCUAUUGCAUGAUGGGCACUAACUCUUCUGUCACUGGCUUCUACAACUUCCUCACACAAGGACUCAAUGAACUACACCAAUCCUUCCUCUCACCCACUUUCAUGUCCAUCCAAUUCCUUUCACAGGUCAUUUCCUCUCUCCACUCUUUCCAUUCCCAACUCACCAUUUUGGUCCGAAAGCUUCGCUUGCCCGUUGGAGGGAAAUGGUUGGAUGAAUACAUGGACGAAAGCUCGAGGCUUUGGGAUUCUUGUCAUGUUCUCAAAUCAGCCAUUUCUGGAAUGGAGAAUUAUUACUCAGCCGCCUCUAACAUAGCUUCUUCUCUGGAUGGUUACCAUCAUUUUACUCCAGAACUUUCACGUCAGGUUGUUCGGGCAAUAAAUGUCUGUCAGAGGGAGAUUCUAGGAUUGGAAGAGGAAAACAAGAGUUUGAUGGAAACGAGGAUGGAGCCGUUGUCCCAAUGUUUGAUUCAGAACAUCUCGAUGGAAUCGAAGUUGAAUGGAUUCAGUGGAUUCCGAGGGGUUCUGUAUGCAAUGAGGAGUGUGAGUUCACUGCUUCUGAUGAUUCUGCUUUGCGGGCUUGCGUAUUGUUGGUCCUCCUCUUGCUUUCAGCAAGAAGGGUACGAGGAACACAUGGUUUUUGGAUCUGGAUUCAUGGUUUCGAUGGCGAUAUUGCAGCAGAAAGUGGCAGAGGAGAUAGACCAGACAGAAGGGCAACCAGGGAUUCUGCUGUUCGAGUUCCAACAAGCAAAGAACGCCAUGGAGGAACUGAAAAUGGAGUUGGAGAGAAUAGCAGGCUACGAAGAACAUGCUGAGAUCCAAGAAAAAGUUGACAACGUUAAGAGUUGUUUUGGUUUGUUGAGAUGUGGGGUCGACACUAUAGCGGGGCAACUUGAUGAUUUCUUUGAUGAAAUAGUAGAAGGAAGGAAGAAGCUUUUGGACAUGUGCAGCAAUAGGUAGAAA